UUGCGACUACAUAUACAAAGCCUGACAUUUUUGUGAACCGAAAAAACUGAACUGCGCCAUAUUUUAGCUUGGCUUCUAUUCGUCGUUAUUGUAGAACUUCUCCCGCCCUCCGACUGAAAAAAUUAUUAACUCCCAAGGCGACGUAUUCUGCAAGAAAUCAUCAACUUCAGUUUAAAUGGUUUAAAUCAGCAACAUUUCUAGUAUUUGGCGUGCAAGAAGAGGUUAUUUUGAACUUGAAGUUCGCGAGGAUAUCAGAAAAUUAGACUGAAUUUUGGCAAAGACUGAGGCGCCGGACCCACUGCAACUAGUAACGAAAUAGACCGCAUGCAACCGCCACGGAAUAGAAAUCGAAAUUGAUCGUCCGCUGGAAGAAACCGAUAGUGAGAAUGAGCGUCAUAAUUCGACUACAGGAGUUGCCGUGGUCGGCCAACGCAGCUGAUAUCCGUCAGUUCUUCCACGGCCUCUCCAUUCCAGAAGGAGGCGUGCACAUUGUAGGAGGUGCACUUGGUGACGCAUUUAUAGCUUUCAGUACUGAUGAAGAUGCGCGUCAAGGAAUGGCAUCAGACGGUGGCAUUUUAAAAGAUUCGCGGGUGAAACUGUAUUUGAGCUCACGAACGGAAAUGCAGAAGAUUAUCGAAGAGACUCGACAGCAACAUAUGGCGUUGCAGGCGGUUACUGCAGGAGGACCCAAUAUGGCAACAGCAUCUUCAGCAGCAAUCCAGCGUCCAUUCGUCGGAGGGCCCUUUGCCUCAACCACUGCCCUCGCUCCCCAAAACAAUGCCUCUAUUAGCGGACCAUCUGGGCCUCGGCCAACGAUGGGGACUGGUAUUAGCAAUUUUCACCUUCAUAUGGAGAGCACUCAGGGCCACUUAGGGGGCUAUGAUCAUCAGAUGUACCAGCAACAACAGAGUCAUCAAGUAUUCAACCAAACUCAAAUGGCAUCAGGCGUCGGGACGAAUCCUGCGCACAGCGGUGGUUUCGCGCCACACCUGAAUCUAUCGCAAACGUAUGCCCCUCAUUUGUCACAAGGAGGGCCCUAUGGGCCACGUUUGGGCGGGGCAAUUGGUGAUGAGUCUCCUAUGGGGCCAUACGGUGUUGGUCAGCAUGUUCCCCAUGAACCUGGGGUAGAGACGAAUAAUUUGUACGAUCACGGCGGUUCGCAAUGCUAUGGUCGAGAUCGACGCGAUUCCGCCGGUACACCUCCAGAUGCCGUUGACAGAAGCCGCGACGGAGGUCGUGGAGGAUACAGAAGCCGAGAUCGCGGUCGAAGAGACAGGCAGGAGCGCGAAAAAGACAAAAGCUCAGAUGGGGGUAGACGUGGAAGAAGAAGUCGAAGCCGCAGUCGAAGCGGAAGUCGUGGCCGCGGCCGCGAUCGUGACCGUCGCCGUCGCAGCCGCUCUGACAGUCGCGAACGGGCCAAGAAUUCCCGAGAUCGUGAUCGCAACGGGAAAUUAAGCAAGUCUGGUCUUCUUCCUACUCCGGCAGAUCAAAUGGAAAAGCAGACAUCAAAUGAACAGGCAUCCGACACUUCUGUACAAUUACGGUUAUUGACUGGAGAUUUGACUUACCGAGACAUUCGAGAUUAUCUUAAUGGCAUUCACGUUCCAAACACAUGCAUCAAAAUGAUCAAUGCUUUCGAUGGUUAUCGAUUCGGCUUGGCGUAUAUUCGAUUCACUACAAAAGCGGACAAACAAAAGGCUCUAUCUCGUCACAAUGGCAUGAUUCGUGGUUAUCCCGUUCAGAUAAUUCAUGUGAAAGAUACCGCAUUUAAUCAGGCCAUUGAUUCGUUCUCGCCAGGAAUCAGCCUUGAUGCCAAGAGUUUGUCAAAUUCUUGCCUUUCGUUAAGAGAUUUUCCACCAGUUGCGGCACCGCAUAAUGUCAGAGAAGCCUUUGGUACGAUCUCCAUAGGUCAGGUGAUUCCGGAGCGAAACGAGAGUGGCACAGUGACUGGUCUUUGCUACGUCGAACUGUCCAGUGAAGCUGACGCACGCAAGGCUAUUCAGCUGUUGAAAGACGGCGUCGUUAUCUGUGGUCGUCAAGUCAAGGUGGCUUUUCUGCCUUUAGAGGAACUGCUCGUUUGUGCUAAAAAUCUGGACCGUCUUCGCUCCGGCGUUGGUCCUGUAACCUCUGCCCUUUCGCAAACUGAGGGUCCACUUUCUCCAGGACAAACUACACCUUAUCAUCCGCAGCCAAGUGGAAGAACAGGGCCCGUAAUAAUGGAACGCUCUCAAAGCGGUGGCAAUGGCUCCUACGAUCCGGCAUCCAAUCAGCGAGGUCGUCCUUAUAUGGGUCCGCAACGAGUCUUCAUUUCAGGCUUGCCGCUAACAGCCAUGGAACGUGAUAUUGGCGAUUUCUUUUCCGAUGUCGGGGUUAUUCCUCAGAUGAUUGAAAUCGUUUACGACGAUGAGCGCUUGCCCGUCGGAAAUGCUUAUUGCCAAUUUGCUAGUAUGCAAGAGGCGGAGAGAGCGCUGGAUAAGAACGGUGGUUUCAUGGGCGGUCAUACCGUCAGCGUCACUUUGGUCGAAAGUCAUGAUGGGCCUGCUGCUGGCAGGCAACCACCCGAAGACAUGAGACGUUUCAGCCCAUAUCCUGAGCCCCCUAUGAGUCAGCCAGAUCAUGGGCCACACAUGUAUGGCCAUCCAGGACAUACUGAUGCAUAUCAUAGACCUCCGAUCGGUAGUGAUGGCGGAAAUGGAUUCCCUCCGCAAAUGGGUCCGCGUUUUGCUGGAUCUCGUUUUGCUGGUCCCCGUUAUCCUCCUGGCGGAAGCAACAGAGGUAACUUUGGUGGAAAUGCCGGGCCGCGUCCGCGUCCCCCAGUCAAUAUGCGGAUGAGAAUGCCUGUAGGUAUGAUUCAUAAUGGAGGAGGGGGUAGUCGUGGUGGUAGUGAUGAUGGAUCACCUACUCCGGGUUUUGGAGCUCCUGGCUGUGUUGUCGCUCUUGCUAAUGUACCUCACAAAGCUAUUAUAGCUGACAUUUUGGAUUUCUUCCGUGGCUUCCAAGUGAACGAAAAAUGCGUCAUACGUCGUUUUGGACCCAACGGCGAACCCACCGGUGACGCUCGCGUCGCCUUUCCUUCACCUGACGAAGCUGAGGCAGCCGUUCGUACCCUUCAGAACGAGUACCUGCUGAACCGUAGGGUUAUGCUAUCCAUUGUCUGAAGAAAAUCUGGAUGUAUUUUUCCCUUCCAACUAUGUCAUGCAGAAUUUUCAACUGUUCAUAACUUGUGUUCCGAUUACAUCAUAAUACAUUGACGAUUCAGUUUCUCA